AUGGGAGGGCGGACGAUUGAGGUCCUGAGAGGUGCGGAGACCGAAUUGGAGCGAGGGAAUUAAGCGCCGAGUCUCCGUUGAGCGCGCGACAGCCGUUGGGCGCGCGUGCCGGUUGCCGAGGUCGAGUCUGACAGACGCUCAGUUGCUGUCUCGGGAUCAAAGCGCGGACAAGAUGAGCAGCAAAGAAGGUGGCGGUGGCUUCAGAAAAAGGAAACAUGACAGUUUCCCACAUGGUCAUAGGAGGGAAGAGAAAGAUAGCAUCAAUUUUUCUUCAUCCAUAAUGACACCCUUCAAGAUGUUUCAGCAGGAACUUGAUACAAGACAUGAUAAAUAUGAAAGGCUUGUGAAACUUAGUCGUGACAUAACUAUUGAAAGUAAGAGGACCAUAUUCCUACUUCAUAGAAUUACCAGUGCUUCCAAUGUAGAAGAAAUACUAACAGAAUCUGAAGUCAAAUUAGAUCUUGUGAGACAGAAGAUAAAACAAGUGGCACAAGAAUUGAUGGGAGAGGAUAUGCAUCAGUACCAUAGAGCUAUUUCUCCAGGUCUUCAAGAGUAUGUGGAAGCUGUUUCAUUUCAGUAUUUUAUCAAAACCCGGUCAUUAAUUAGCUUAGAGGUCAUCAAUAAACAACUGAUAUUUACAGAAGAUAAUAAAGAAGAAGAAAAGAAGCCAUCUUUGGAUUCUCCUAAUAAGGAAAACAACACCUGGAACAUAAAAGUGACACCUGUGGAUUAUCUUCUGGGAGUGGCUGAUCUAACUGGAGAAUUGAUGCGGAUGUGUAUUAAUAGUGUUGGCAAUGGUGAUAUAGAUACUCCAUUUGAGCUGAGUCAGUUCCUGUGUCAGAUUUAUGAUGGCUUUUCUUACAUUGGUAACACUGGACCGUAUGAAGUUUCUAAAAAGCUCUAUACUUUGAAACAGAGCUUAGCUAAAGUGGAGAAUGCCUGUUAUACACUGAAAGUCAGGGGUUCUGAGAUACCAAAGCAUAUGCUAGCUGAUGUAUUCUCCAGUAAAACAGAAAUAAUUGACCAAGAGGAUGGGCUUUCUUAAGCAUACUGGGAACCUCACAACACACAAGAUCAAGAACUACAGGAUCAGAGCAAAGCUAAGUCCUGGAUUUGCUUAUCAGAAAUCUUAGCCAUAAUUCAUGGUUUAUGAAUAGCUGAAGUAGAAUAUGUUGUAUUCUAAAACUGUUAUUGUAUAAUGAUUUAACAUGUCCCCCCCAGCUUAUUGCCCAGUGAAAAUGUUGAUUUUAUACAGGGACCACUUCUUAUAUUCUCUACUUCAGUAUUGUGGGCAUACUGCAGGUUACUUUAAACCAGGUGCCAGUGAAGGACCAUUAUCCAUAAUAUACAUGUAAUAUGAUAACAAUUUGGUUCAUUGUUGCUCUUAUUUAAGUUGUUAAAAUCUUUGACGGUUCAGAAUGUUCUGGUGUUAAAAUUUACAUGUUGGUUUUUAAACAACUGAAGAGAAAUAAUUGAAUAGGAAAGAA